AUUCCGGUGUGGUGAAGCCUAUUUAAGAUGGGCAAAGAUGUCAUUUCACCGCUAACUUGGCCCUUUAAAAACGCAUUAGGGUUCCCUAUUCUAGAGCCAACUAAACUACAAGCCUGCGCCGAGUCUCUCCAGCCGCACCUCUCUCUCCCCAUCACAGUUGAAGCAGAAAUGGAGGCGGCUAUCGCAGAUCAACCAAUUGUUGCGGUUGCCAAUCAGAAGGAACAGGCAAACCAGGUUCACAGUGAUGUGAAACUCUUCAACAGAUGGUCCUUCGACGAAGUUCAAAUCAGUGACAUGUCCGUGAUGGAUUACAUUGCUGUGAAUCCUGCAAGGCACGCAACUUAUGUGCCUCACACAGCUGGAAGGUAUUCAGUCAAGCGGUUUAGGAAGGCCCAGUGCCCAAUUGUGGAGAGGCUAACUAACUCUUUGAUGAUGCACGGGCGGAACAAUGGCAAGAAGCUGAUGGCGGUCCGCAUUGUCAAGCAUGCUAUGGAAAUUAUCCAUUUGCUGACUGACCUAAACCCUAUUCAAGUCAUUGUUGAUGCUGUGAUCAACAGUGGACCAAGAGAAGAUGCUACUCGAAUUGGUUCUGCUGGUGUCGUGAGGCGUCAGGCUGUUGAUAUUUCCCCACUGAGGCGUGUUAACCAAGCAAUAUAUCUCCUUACAACCGGUGCUCGUGAAAGUGCAUUCAGAAACAUCAAGACCAUUGCUGAGUGCCUUGCUGAUGAACUCAUUAAUGCUGCCAAGGGGUCUUCCAACAGCUAUGCUAUUAAGAAGAAAGAUGAGAUCGAGAGGGUUGCAAAGGCCAACCGUUGAAGAGUGGAUGUUAGUGGUGGAAUGGAGAAAGCAUACAGUGACGAGAUAAUUUUGUUUAUUGUGCUUUCUAGUUCGCCGUUAUAAUAGGUGCUAGAAAUAUGAAAUUGCCAAGAAACAUGUUUGUCGGCUGAAGUAUUUACUGUUUUUUCAUGGAUUUGGGUUCUUUCUCUAGUGUGUUUUAUUUAGUUAAAAUUGUAUUGUUAUCGAGUAUUUUGACUUUGGAAGUUUUAUUGUCCAGUUUUUGACCUGCAGUUUUGGUGAGCACUGCUUUUUGUGUUCCUAUUUCCCAGUUCAAAA